AUGUCCGACUCAGCGACGCGCCGCGUCCAGGCCAUUGGCAGCCAGAUCGCCGGGAGCGGUUCGGUGCCGCCUCUCACCAAGGUCGCGCCGAGCGGGCCACGGGUUGCUGGGAAGGUGGUCAUCAUCACGGGCGCCAACUCAAUCCUCGGCAUCGGCCGGGCCUCGGCGCACCAGUUCGCGGAGAACGGCGCCCGGGCCGUGUACAUCUGCGACUACGAUGACACUCACCUAGCGGCGCACCAGCGCGAGAUCUCCAGCUUGUGGCCGGAGGUUGAGGUGCACACGCGCCAGUUGGAUGCCGCUGACGAGAAAGCGGUGAAGGGCGUGAUCGACGAUGCCCUCGAGCGGUACGGCCGCCUCGACGUCUUCUUUGCCAAUGCCGGCAUCUCUGGCUCGCAAGUCCCGUUUGGCCAGAUCGAGGCGGAUGAGUUUAUGGAUGUGAUGCGGGUGAAUUCGCUGAGCGUCUUCCUCGCAGCGAAGUACGCCGCGCCAGCGAUGCAAAAGACCUCCGCAUCCAAACCCAACCCCUCCGGCAGCAUCAUCGCCACGGCCUCGGUCGCGGGCAUCCGCUCCAACGCCGGCAGCACGCCCUACUCAGCCAGCAAAGCGACCGUCAUCUCCAUGGCACAGACGAUAUCCUACCAGCUCGGCGGCACCGGCGUGCGGAUCAACGCGCUCUGCCCGGGCCUGAUCGAGACGGGCAUGACGGCGCCGUUGUUCGAGGUGGCGCGGCGGCGUAAGACGGAGAACCGUAUCGGCCAACUGAACCCGCUGAAGCGCGCAGGCCACGCCGAUGAGAUUGCGCGGGUUGCGCUGUUCUUGGGGAGCGAUGAGAGUAGUUAUGUGAAUGGUCAAGCGUGGGCGGUCGAUGGCGGGUUGAGUUCCGGGCAUCCGUUUAUCCCGGGGAAGUUGGCCUAA